AUGGAACGUUCUGAUGGUAACGGAACUAUAACAGUAUCUGAAGAAGUUGUUGCUGAGCCUGAAGUGCAAGAAAUUGUUCUGACAACGCCUGAGACCGAUCCAUCGCACAGAGUUCAAUGGGCCCAAGGAACGGUCGAUAAUGAGUUCAUGGGAAAGCAUAAAUCGAAAUGUUGUUGUAUUUACAAGAAGCCGAAGAAAUGGAAUGAUGACUCUGACAGUUCAGAUUCGGAUUGUGAAACGGGGCAUUGCCGAGGGCAUGUUGAGAAGCGUCAUCCGAAAGAUCACGGAGACGGUGCUGGAGCUCAAGGACCAAGUUGCCCUGCCUAG